UGUUCUAUUACAAACUGCAAGUAUAAUGCUAUAUAAUAGUUGCCCUUUAAAAUUGUUCUUCUGAACAGUUUCAGUAUACAGUAGGUCCUACUCAGUUACAUCCCACCGCUGCUGGCAGGAAAGAAAAGGGAUUUACAGUAUUUCCUCAGCAACUUUUUUGUCAGGUAUUUACAUGAAUUUAACAGCAAUCAUUUGAUUGUUUGCGAGCAAACUUUUUUGGCUGGCAGAGAAACAUCCUGUCUGUCAGGUUUAGCCUAUCCCGGCUGUUUACUGCAGAGAGAGACAAUCAGUCACGUCUGUCUGCUGACACAGAAACAACCUCUGCUACUGUUACAGUCAUUUGAUUUGACUCAAACUGAUUGUCAAAAUGAAGAUUGCAGCGUUCAACGUCAAGAGACUGGGAUGGAAAAAAGUCAACAAUGCCGACGUGAGGAACAAUCUUAUCAAGAUUGUGUCUCGGUACAGUGUGGUGGUGCUACUGGAGGUGAUGGAUAAGAGCGGUAAAGCCAUGAAUAUGUUCCUUACAGAACUCAACAAGCACGGAAAUCACCCGUACCUAAUGGAAUGCAGUGAAUCUCUGGGACGAAGAACUCACAGGGAGAAGUUUGUCUACUUCUACAGAGGGGAUGAGGUGAAGAUGAUCAAGUCCUACCAGUACGAAGAAAGAACGGACGUGCUCGCCAGAGAACCUUACAUCCUGCAGUUUGAGUGCCCAAAUACAGUUGUACAGAAUCUGGUGCUGAUCCCAGUCCACACCAAACCAGGGGAUGCAGAGGCAGUGCUGAACGCUCUGCAUGAUGUGGUCACUGCUGUGAAGAAAAGAUGGAGAAAUUAUAACAUUAUGAUUUUAGGGGACUUUAAUGCAGAUGGACGUUAUCUUUUAGAUGAAAAGAAGAAAAAGAUCCGCAUCCGCUCUGCCUACUACUGUUGGCUGAUAGGUGAUGAUGUCGACACCACGACGAGCAACUCUAAUGAUCACACCUACGACAGGAUUGUGGUGUAUCAUAAGAUGCUUAAAGGGGUCGUCCCUAACUCAGCUCAACCUUUCAACUUCCAGAGAGCUUACCGCCUGUCUGAUGCCAAUGCGGCAGCCAUCAGUGACCACUACCCUGUGGAGGUGGAGCUUUGGAAUAAUUAACAUCAACAAAGGAGAAAAGUACACAUUUUUACUUGUUUUACUGACACUGUGUCAGUAAUGUAAUGCAGUGAUACAGAAAUGUAGUAGAGUAAAACUCCCUAUUUCCCUCUGAAAUGCACUGGAGAAUAAGUAAAAUGGAAUUACUCAUGUUA